AAAGUUUGGACAUCUUGAGCCAUACAAAAAUUGAAUUAUACCGGAAUUCUACUCACGCAUUUUCCGGUUAUGUACUGCCUCAAUUCGAAUUGUACAGAUAUCGUGAAUGAGCAGACGGGAACGAGAACGUUCAUAAAGAAAGGAGUGUAUAUAGCUGAUAUAGGGACGAAAGGAAGAAUGUAUAGAGUUAAAAAGAAUGCUUUUGAUCUGUUAGCAAUGGAGGAUUUGAUCGGACCAGAUACUUUAAACUAUGUCAAAAAGUACUUAAGGCUUAAAUCCACCUUUUUGUUCUACGAUUUCGACAAUCUCAUCUCUGCUGCUGCCUCUGAAGACAAGCAACCUCUCACCGAUUUAGCCAAUAGAUUGUUCGACAAUUUCGAAAAGCUUGAAGAUGCAGCUAAGGCAAAGAACUUAACCAAGACAGAAUCGUGUUAUAUAGAUACAAAGAUUCUUCUUCAAGAGGUAAUGACCAGAAUGGCAUGAUUCCGGUUCAGUUUUCACUGGUUUUCUUGCUAUUGACCAUCAUCAUUCACGGUAAAAAAAAAAAAUUUGUAAUCUAGUAAAAAGAAAUGUAAUCUAGACCCAUGUGUACGGCGAAAUUGAUGUAAUCCACCUUCUUGUUUUUUUUUUUUUU